AUGGGUGCUAUACCGGAGAAAUGUGGUGAUCCCAGUCCUUGUAUGGUUACAUGCACUAUAGGGGGUGUACAGUUUGUUGACUGCAUGUGUGAUUUAGGUGCAUGUGUUAGUAUUAUGUCAUUGUCUGUAUAUGAUGCUUUGAGGCUUCCACCCUUGAAAAGGUCGGCAGCACGUUUUGUUUUGGCAGAUAAGAGCAUAAUCUCGGUAGUUGGCAUUGCGGAAGACGUCUUGGUGAGCAUUAAAGGGUUGAUGUUUCCUAUUGACUUCUACAUUCUAGAGAUGCCCCCUAAUGACUCAGGAAGACCUUCAUCCAUCUUGCUUGGAAGACCAUUUUUAAAGACUUCUUGGUUUAAAUUGGAUUCCUUUUCGGGUACCUAUUCUUUUGAGAUAGAUGGAAGAGCAGUGAGCUUUAACCUUGAUGAAGCUAUAAAGCACCCAUCGGAAGACCACUCUAUCUUUCAUUGUGACAUUAUUGAUGUGACUGUGGCUAAAGUUCACCAAGAGGCAGUAGAUGAGAAGAACGUGGUCCAAGGUGUAAGUGUGGGGAAGCCCUCUGAGUAUAUUGAAGACACCUUGCCACCUCCAGUGAUUCCGGAUGAUCAAGUGCCAAGCCAUGAGCUGAAAAUUAAGUUAAAGCCCCUUCUACCUCACCUGAAGUAUGCUUAUCUUGAAGAUAAUCAAUGGCUCCCAGUUAUCAUUGCAAAGGAACUUACUUUCCAACAAGAAGAGCGAUUACUUACUGUGUUGAGAAGAAACAAGAAAGCUAUUAGGUGGAGUUUGGCGGACAUAGUAGGUAUAAGCCCUUAA